AUGAAUUUGACCAAUUGUAGAAGAACAACUGAAUUUAUUCUUGUUGGAUUGCCACGUGUUGUAGGAAUGGAAAGGGUGAUGUAUGCCAGUGUCUUUCUGCUCUAUGUCCUUUGUCUGAUGGGCAAUGGCCUCAUCAUUAUGAUGGUAAUAAGGGAUCGUCAUCUCCAGAAACCCAUGUAUUUCUUCCUUAGUAACCUUUCUUUGAAGGAUAUUGGACACACUACAACUUUUAUGCCCAAGCUGUUGUUCAAUUAUGUCUCUUCUAACAAUUCAAUUUGUUUUUAUUGCUGUUUAAUACAAUUAUUCUUCUAUUUCCUUUUUGGAGUCACUGAAUUUUUCAUUAUCACUUUUAUAUCGUUGGAUAGAUAUUUAGCCAUUUGCCAUCCUUUGAGAUAUUCCACUAUCAUGACUUCAAGGAUUUGCCUUAAACUGUCAAUAUUCACCUGGUUUGGAGGAUUUUUGUCCAUUAUUUGCCAGGUAGUAAUGAUUGCAAAGUUGCCCUAUUGCACUUCCAACAUUAUCAAUCAUUUCUAUUGUGAUGUUGGACCUGUGCUGAAAAUUGCAGGAGGAGAUACACAUCUUAUUGAAGACCUUGGCUUUCUCCUUGUUGUGGUCUUGAUUAUGUCCUCCCUGCUUUUCACCCUCAUUUCUUACCUCUUCAUCCUACACACUAUUCUUCAAAUACCUUCAACCUCCAGACAGCAGAAGGCCUUUUCUACAUGUGCUUCUCAUCUGGUUGUGAUCUGCAUUCUGUAUGGAUCGGUCUUUUUUGUCUACUUAAGACCUACUGUCAAAAACUCUUCCUUCAGUACGAUGAAGUCUGUAUCCAUAUUAUACACGAUUAUCACCCCUGUGCUCAAUCCUUUCAUCUACACUAUCAGGAACAAUGAAGUGAAGGAUUCUGUACGCAAAAUGCUAGGAAGGAAAAUUCCAGAUCCCUGA